GUUAGGUCACCUUUGUCUGUCCUAAGAACAAAAGAAAUAUAACAGAACAAAAAUUUUGCUGUCAAACGUUAUCAUCUAAACAAAAAUAUUUACGGAAUAAAAUGAAAACACAAAUAGAUGUGGAUUCUCUCCGCACAGAACACGAAUCAGAUGAACAAUGGGAGGUGAGGAAAAACUUUAUGGUCGAGCAUAAAGAUAACUUUGACCAAGAAGAGCUGAUUACCUUAGCUCAACUGUUCACAAAUAUCGAAUUUUUGGGAUGCAGGUAUCCACAAGAGACGAUGGCCCGUAUCGCCAAGCUGUCGGAGAGUGUGUCAUCGAAGUACCGGGAGAGCAGGAAGAACAAACUGAAACGAACCUUCGUACAAGCCAGUGACGCGGCGGAACAGAAAGCUAAGAGGAGCUUCAAGUAGACGGAUAUCCUAUUAUACAAAACGACGUGUAACCAGGAGGUCAUAAGAGCAACCAGUUAAUUUAUUACUUUGCAAGAAACUGAUUGGACUUUUGCAGCUUAUCGUACAUACACAUACACCAAAUAAAAUACGCAUAGGAAACGUUCCGGUAUGCCUGCCAGUUAUAGACGCACACAACACUGAAUAAAAUAAUAAUAAAAAGUAGGAACUAAAGUUAACAAAUUAAUUAGAAGAGUAAAUUAAAAUAAAAUUUUAAAAACAUAAA